UACCAAGAGCGGUAACCCCGAGCUACGCUCGGGCUUACCAUGCGGCGUUGCUCAGGGAGUCCCUGCAGCACUUACCUUGUCCUUCACUCCCACGAUGUGUCCCCUGCAGCGUCCCCGGCCAUCUCCUCUGGCCGAUGCCGGCAUCCGGCUUCCGUGUUCCAGUCCCUGUGACGUCGGGACGUACGGGCGCCGGAACAGGCGGCAAAUUUUAAAUUUUUAAAAAAUGUCAUUUUUUUAAAAUGAUUAUUUUGUCCCUACUGCUUUGUCCUGUGCCCUGCCUGCAUUUUCACUGUUCUUUCUG